CCCUGUGUCCAUGGUGCCCAGGAAAGCAAUGUCACAAUUGGUCCCUCUGGACCCAAGGGAGGGAAAGGUGAGCGAGGCCUGCCUGGCCCAUCAGGCCCCAAGGGAGAGAAGGGAGCCCGGGGCAGUGACUGUGUCCGAAUCUCCCCGGAUGCCCCACUUCAGUGUGCAGAAGGCCUGAAGGGAGAGAAGGGGGAGUCAGGAGCUUUGGGACCCUCAGGACUUCCGGGCUCUACAGGCCAGAAGGGCCAGAAAGGCGAGAAGGGGGACGGAGGCGUCAAGGGCUCGCCGGGAAGGCCAGGCCGCGAUGGCCGGCCAGGGGAGAUCUGCGUCAUGGGGCCCAAAGGGCAGAAGGGAGACCCUGGCUUUGUUGGGCCUGAGGGGCUGGCAGGAGAGCCUGGGCGCCCUGGCCUCCCUGGGCCCCCUGGGAUAGGACUUCCUGGGACCCCGGGGGACCCAGGCGGCCCACCAGGUCCUAAGGGAGACAAGGGCAGCUCGGGGGUACCAGGAAAGGAAGGUCCUGGUGGGAAACCUGGGAAACCAGGGGUGCCGGGGCUGAAGGGAGAGAAGGGUGACCCCUGUGAAGUGUGCCCAACGCUGCCUGAAGGCUUCCAGAACUUCGUGGGGCUCCCUGGAAAGCCAGGACCCAAGGGGGAGCCAGGUGAUCCUGCACCAGCCAAGGAGGGCCUGGGAGCUGUUGGAUGGAAAGGUGAUCGGGGAGACCCUGGCAUCCAAGGCCCCAAAGGAGAGAAGGGGGACUCCUGCUUGUCCUGCAGCUUAGCUGUAGGGGCCCAGCAUCUUGGGCCGUCCACAGGGACCAAAGGAGAUGUGGGCCCCCCUGGCUUCGGUUUGCCUGGCCUCCCGGGGAAAGUUGGGGCUCCAGGGCCAGCAGGGCUGAAAGGAGAGAAGGGGAAUUUUGGGGAGGCAGGGCCAGCCGGCCAGCAGGGCCCACGAGGGCCAGUGGGACCCACAGGCAUCAAAGGAGAGAAGGGGGAGCCUUGUGAGCCAUGCCCAGCCCUGUCCAGGCCUCAGGAUGGGGACAGCUACACGGUGACCUUGCCUGGCCCUCCUGGAGAGAAAGGAGAGCCUGGGCCUCCAGGCUUCAGCUUGCCGGGAAAACAGGGCAAGGCUGGAGAGCGUGGACCGAAGGGGCAGAAGGGUGAUGCUGGCAAUCCUGGAGAUCCUGGAGUGCCAGGCACCACGGGGCAGCCGGGACUGUCGGGAGAGCCUGGGGUUCGGGGCCCCCUGGGCCCGAAAGGAGAAAAGGGUGAUGGCUGCGCUGCCUGCCCCAGCCUGCAGGAGGCAGUGAUGAACGCGGCGGGACUGCCUGGGAAGCCGGGCCCCAAAGGAGAGCCGGGCCCAGAAGGCGUGGGCCGGCCUGGUAAACCGGGCCGGCCUGGUCUACCUGGAGUUCAAGGGCCCCCAGGACUGAAGGGCAUCCAGGGAGAGCCUGGGCCUCCAGGAAAGGGAGUCCAAGGGCCCCAGGGGGAACCUGGAGUCCAGGGUUUGCCUGGCAUUCAGGGACUUCCAGGACCUCGGGGACCACCUGGACCCGUUGGAGAGAAGGGCGUCAAGGGGUCUCCGGGACUGAAAGGAGCUGCUGGGCCUAUGGGGCCCCCUGGUGCCAGUGUCUCUGGGCCUCCGGGCCCAGAUGGGCAGCAAGGACAAACCGGACCUCCAGGAGCCAGAGGGAUGCCGGGUGAAAAGGGACCUCAGGGAGUGAAGGGUGAGCCAGGGGAGUGUUCCUGCCCCUCUCGAGGGGACCCCAUCUUCUCUGGCAUGCCGGGUGCUCCGGGACUUUGGAUGGGCAGCUCCUGGCAGCCGGGCCCUCAGGGUCCCCCAGGUGUUCCCGGACCACCUGGCCCUCCUGGAAUGCCCGGGCUACAGGUAAAGGGGGAGGAGAGAAUGGGAGUCUGGGAGGCAGGGUGGCGGGCUGUGCCUCCACCCAACACCUAUGCGUGCCGUCCUCACUCCUCUAGGUUCCUGCUCUCCAGAGCGACAUGGCGGGGGGGGGGCGCCCAUUGAUCCCUUAGGGCAGGCCGUGGGCAGUCCCAGCCCUUUCUUGAGGAAUGCCCUGCUGUGUGCCGGCCCAGGCACCCUAC